AUGUCGCGCCAGUUCAGACUCCCCCAUCUAUUCCCGCUAUUCGUCGCAAUCGCCCACACCCUCGGCGGCAUCGUCCCAUUCUUCGCCCAAGAUGCUGGAAUUCGUUCCUUCGGGCUGCCAGAAAGAUUCGCAGAGUCACCCAUAGCACAGUCGUGCUUCAUCCUCGACGGCGCCCGCCUAUCUAUCCUAGGGAUGGUCCAGCUAAUCAUGUAUCUUCGCGGGGACUACGUGGGGGUAGACAUCGUCAUGGCUUUACUGGUGUACGUUGGGCUCGUUGACGGGUACGUUUGCUGGCGGGAGGGUGAGCUGGGAUCAGCUAUGUUUAGAGCCACGUCGGGGAUUGUUAUUGGGGCAUGGGGUAUGUUGGGAUUGACUUCCAAGCUGUAA